AUGGAUGAGGUUAGUUUUCCAUCAUCUGAAUUUGUUCUAGAAACAUCCGUCAUAGAAUUAGUAGAUACUGAAAGAUAUGAUGAUGCACUUAGGCUAAUUAGAUCAUCUCGACGUAUAAUGACUCCUUUAUUAAUUAGAAAACAAGCAUAUUGCUAUUUUAAGCUCGGAAACCCUGCAAAUGCGCUAGAAUGCUUGAAAAAAGCAGAAGAAAAUGGAUGGAUUUUGCCUGAAAUUUUAAUUUUAAAGGGACAGUGCUUAUAUAGUCUUCAAGAAUGGGAUACUGCUUUAAUUGCAUUUGAAACAGCCGACAAAAUGGGAUCUACUCCGGAAACAAAACAAUGGCUUACGCGUGUUAAAGCACACAUUUCAAUAGAAAAUUCUCCAAAUGCUCCAAACAUCUUUUUAUUCCAACCUGACAUCAUUUCAGAUGUCAAAAAAGAAUUUUAUCAAACAAAUCAACUUCUUGCAAUUCGUCUUUUUAUCAAAGAUGUAAAAGAAGAAGAAUUAACAGUCACAUUUAAUCCUACAUCAGUUGAAGUCUACGUUAAAAAGCAAAGACCAAUUUCUGUUCAUUUGAAUUUGCCAAGAGAAAUUAAUACUAGCCAAAGCUUUUUUGUUAUCAAUGAUUCAUCAAUAGAGUUGAAGAUAAAGAAAGUUCAAUGUGUUAAUUGGGAUGAUAUCGAAAUAUAA